AUGGAUAAAUCACACCCAUUGAGUAGCCCAAUGGUAGUUAGGUCACUUGAUGUAGAAAAAGAUCAUUUUCGACCUAGAGAAGAACAUGAAGAGCUCCUUGGUCCAGAAGUACCAUAUCUUAGUGCAAUAGGAGCAUUGAUGUAUCUUGCUAAUUGUACAAGACCUGAUAUAGCUUUCUCUGUCAAUUUAUUAGGAAGAUUUAGUUCUGCUCCAACAUAUAGACAUUGGAAAGGGAUUAAGCACAUACUCCGCUAUCUCCAGGGUACUAUUGAUAAAGGAUUAUUCUAUUCUAAUAAUUGUGGGUCACAACUUAUUGGCUACGCAGAUGCAGGAUAUUUAUCUGAUCCACAUAAAGCCAGAUCUCAAACUGGCUAUUUGUUCACUUGCGGUGACACUGCUAUAUCCUGGCGAUCCACAAAGCAAACUCUGGUGGCUACUUCCUCAAAUCAUGCUGAGAUACUUGCAAUUCACGAGGCAAGUCGAGAAUGUGUUCGAUAA